UAUAACAGGUAGAAAGAUAAGGAAUUGUAAAUAUUUAUUAAAAAAGGCAAUAUUUAACGAUUCAAAGUCUCCAUGAACAACGAGAGAAAGAGAUACUCCAAUAUAUUCACUAUUGACGUAUUGCAUCGGCCAGAAUACUGAAAGUGCAGUGCUUCGGGUGCACCUAAUAUUGUGAAACUCGGUUGAUAUAUUUUUGUGGUUGAUCUAUUUUUGUGGGUGAAGAAUAUAAUAUUCAGAAUAAUAUAUGAACCAUGGAAGAAGGAUAUACGUCAUACAGUAAAGGCCUAGAUCGGUCUUUGGAAAGGAUUUCAUCGAGGACCAACAAUGAAGAUAGUGAAAAACAACCUCUUCUGUUUUCUAAGAAAGAUCCGGGCAGCAAAUUGAAAUGGUCAACAAGAUACUUCGUGGCUGUAAUGGCAUGCCUUGGUUUUGCAAGCUCCUAUGGAUCUAGAGUUAACAUGAGCGUCGCUAUUAUUGCAAUGGCCAACAGAAGUUAUAGUACUGAUUAUAGCCAGAAUCAGUCAUCGACAGAACUGUGCCCGCAACAUGGUGAUUUGUAUAGCAACGAAACAGGAGGCAGAAGCAAGGAAGGCGAGUUCCCUUGGGAUGCACACACACAGGAGCUCAUCCUGUCGGCUUACUACUACGGUUUUGUGCUUCUCCAGGUGCCCGCGGGUAUCCUAUCCGACAGAUACCCGAAGUCCUGCUCCUGGAUAUACGGGUUGGGUGUCUUCUUAUCCUCAGUGGGGUCUCUGCUUAUCCCUCUCGCUGCCCAUCAUAGUGUGACAGCUAUCUUCAUCACCAGAUUCAUCUGUGGAUUGGCUGAGAGUGGGACUUACCCAUCGAUGUAUUCUUUCAUGUCCCGGUGGGCUCCUUCCGCAGAUCGAAGUAUUCUCCUUGCUAUUGUCUACGCAGGUCUUCCGAUUGGGCACAUAGUGAUGCAGCCGAUCUCGGGUCUCUUAGCUGAAUCCUCUUAUGGAUGGUCGUCAUCAUUCUAUAUGAUAGGUAUCACAUGGUUCGUGUUUUGGACAAUAUUCAUCUAUGACUCGCCCAAUUCCCAUCCAAGCAUUAAUUCUGAAGAGAAAGAAUACCUCAUCAAAGAACUUCAGCUGUGGAAGAAGCCUCCUACAUCUUAUCCAUGGUUUCGGAUUAUCACGUCACUCCCCGUGAUGGCCGUGGGCAUGGCUGAUUUCGCUAUCUUGUGGAUUUUGCAUUCAUUGACAACCAAUCUACCAAUAUUCCUGAGCGAAGCUCUUAGAUUCGAUGUCAUAACAGCUGGAGCUCUAUCGGCAUUUCCUUAUGCUAUCCUCCUUAUGACACUUUUAGGCGGCGGUUUUCUCGCCGACUACUUGAUUUCAAGAACCAAACUCUCUAGAACUGUAAUCAGAAAACUAAUGACCAGUCUAGGUCUGAUCUUUUCGGCCUUGUUCAUGGUGUCAUCGGGAUAUACAGGAUGCAAUGCCGCUGCCACCAUCACCAUGUUGUCUCUUGGUCUAGCUUCGACGGGACUCGUUUAUUCGGGCGCAUCCCUCACGCAGAUGGAGUUCGCAACACCCUACGCCGGAAUAGUAACGGCCAUCGCAAACACCUUCGCAAACACUCCUGGGUUUUUGUCGCCUAUGAUUGCAGGUGUUGUUACUGAAAAUCAGGCUGACAUGCUUGGAUGGCGGAAGAUGUACUGGAUCGCGUUUGGCAUCGCCAUUUUUGCUGAGGUUAUCGUUCUUCUCUUCUGCACCUCGGAGCUGCAGUCCUGGGCAGUGAUAGAAAAAGAUGAUCAGAAAACGGAAAAAUACAAAGAAGUGAAGUGAAAACACCGGGGUUUCCAGAGGAUUGGCAAGCUGUUGCAAUACACUCAUGUCAUCCUCCUUCUUACCCUUAUACACGUCACAGAUCGUGACAUUGGUUUGGCUUGACGUUCAAGUCGUAACGAUAAAGAACUUGUAAGUUGUAUAGCCAAAAUCAACGAGGCUUAUAUACCAUGCAUACUUGAAGUUGAAGCAACAGUUAACAUAACUCAUAACAUAUUGACAUUUCCUGAAAAAGAAAAAAAAACAUUACACUAGGCUAAUAGAAGUGUAUGAGUACCCAAGAUAGCUUGAUUAAUUUGUUUGUUC